AUGGGAAGGCGGGAGAGCAGGAGGAGGGCAACAUUGACGUAUCAAUCGCACGGUUACCUUAUCAGCAAGGUGCGUCUGUCUGUGUGUGUGGUUUCCAUACCGCAUGUCCUUGUGUUGUACGUGCAUGUGGGGGGUGGGAAGGCGGGCGAGCAGGAGGAAGGCACUAUUGGCAUCUCCAUCGCAUGGUUUCCCUACCACCAAGGUGUGUCUGUGUGCUGUGGUGGUAUGGUUGCCCCCCCAGGCUGGACCGGCUGGACCGCUGGGUACGUGGAUGCUCCUUCGCAGCUGGAGAAGGGAGCAGAGGCCAAGUGGGCGACAAACGCAUCCCACUCGCCCAACCUCCCCACUGAUCUCUCACGCAUUAUGCGGUGGGACGGCCGGGGAGCCAGUCUGGAGCUGCCAGGUGUCAACCCGUCACAGGACGGCAUGCUCUUCCUCACCUCCACGGAUCCGGGUCGAUGGAGCAAUGAGCUGAACAUCAUGAGCACCUAUGUCAAACGAAAUGGCCGCGGGUGGCGCAUUCAAGCCAGGGAGGACGCGUUUGGCGAUGUGACAGAGCUGGUGGAGAGUCAGGAGCACAUGUUCGCCUUCCUCUACGUCCCCUUCUCCGCCACUGGCCUUAUAGGAGCCACAAUAGCAGCAGAUGGGUUGGUGGUGCAGGGAGCAGGUGUUUUCUCGUGCAGAAGGCUGGGCCUUGGGAUGUACGAGAUCAGCAUUGGCAACGAGCACAAGACACACAAGGAUGGCAUUCUCCUGCUGCAAGUGAUGGGGAGGGAUGACAGCAACAGGCGCUACGCGAGGCAUGCCUUCCUCUCUUACAACUUCACGGCUCAGGGGUCGCUGCUGGUGGAGGGGCAUCGGCUCGUGAAGGAACCCGCUCAGAUGUUUAAAGAAACGUUUCCCUAUACCGAUACAGACUUUGCCUUUGUGUGGGUUGACUUCCGCAACCCUCUCAGCCCCACACUCCGCUCCUAUACCGGUCCCCUCCCACCUCGACUGACUGGUUACCGCUUCUGGAGCGGAAUCGUUGUGGGAAUAGUCGUCAUGGUGAUAGCGACUGCCGCUGCUGUCUUCUUGCUCUCCCGCCACUCCAUCUCUCUGGUGCCUUCUGCCUUCGCUCCUCUGACGUCACUACAACCCACCGAUUCGGUAUCGGCAGAAACGGAGCUUGCAGAAGAGCUGCUUAGAGGAGUGUAUAUUAAUGCUGAAGACUGA